GUCUCCCCUAGAGGCCGCAUUGGCCAAACUUAAUUUCCCAGUGAGUGAUCUUCUAUAAAUCCUUAGCUGCAUGUAUAUCGAAGUAGUCGAAGGGGCACAGUCUUUCAGUACCUCCGCCGCUUACGAUCUCCUUCAAUAUAUUUAUGCCCAAGGAUCUCUCACUUGCGACCUCUUCAAGAUUGGCGGAACCCUCCAGUGAAGUGUAUCCCUCUUUAAACGCUCGCUGCCCAACAGAUGAGCUGUCGUCGGAAUCUUUCCAUAGAACCAGCUUGCAAUGACUUCACUAUUCGAAUCCGAUUAUGGGACAGUGGCCCCAUUCUUCCCGCAACAGACCUCCGAACAACAACGGAUUCCGUUUGUUCCGCCAGACUACUUCCUGUUUCAAGGGAGUAAAGAGACUCCAGCGCUCUCAUUCGUACCAAAUUACCCACAUGGGAUCUAUCUGAGAUCUCUCGAACAUGUCCAAAGUGAAUAUGACUGCUUCGUGAACAGCGUCAUCAGCAAUGUACUCAUCCGAGUAGAAGAUGGAUCGAUGCUAUCCCCACCCGCACAUGAUGAGCAACUAGUGAUGCCUAAUCAAUAUCCCGUCCCUGCCCCUAUUCUUGUUCCACCCUGUUGUGAUGAUCUCAUGUGGGGGUCGGACCUGUCUUUUGGGCCGAAUGGUUACUUUCCAUUACAAGACGCACCAUCACCGUCUGCGAUGGAGCGGGAUAUGCUGUAUAUGUACACAAACUCCCUUCGGCCCAUAACUCACCGGCCUGCCACGGCCAAUAUGCGGGUCGAAAACACAAUGCACGAAAAAGAAUGGAGCCCAAGCCCCGACAUUUCUGAAGUCACCCGGGGAGGAGUACAGAGUAUUACGGGAAAGAAACGCAGGAGGCUUCUGCAUAUCAUUGCUGAGCGGAACCGACGCCUCAACCAGAACAAAAUGUACGAAGAACUGUAUAGAAUCGUCCCCGGACUGGAUCAUGAUACAAGGUCAACCAAAAGAAAGGUGUUGACGCGAGCCGCAGACUGGCUUGAAGAGCUGAUCGAAGACAACAAGAAGCUGCAAGAGCAGCUGAUGCAACUUGCGUCCCAUCCUCGGUACGGUUGAGGGUCCGAUUUCAUGAGAGAAAUUCAACUUGCGGCUUGCGGUGUUAGGCGUGUGGGACAUAGAUGUUUCUUCAGAGGAUGUGCGGGCACGAACACUUUUGUCUUGAUACCAUAGUGAUAAAUUAGAACGACAUUGUUUUUUUUUUUUUCUUUCUUUCUUUCUUUCUCACAGUCCGGAGUAUCUAUAAAGCAAAACUCCUUAUCUACAUGGUAUUUACCCCGGAUUAUCAGGGUGGAAGGGGUGAUCCUGGUAUAACUGUAGAAUUCA